UCUCUCUCUCUCUUCCCUCUCUCGCUCUGCCGCUCACUCUCACACCCCUCUCGCGACAUUGAUGAAGGAUGUCGGAGAUUUCAAAGGGGGGAAAUUGAAAUUAGGGUUCCAAUUUUUUGGGGGGGCUUUGGAAGAUUUAAACUUUUGCUUGCUAGGUCGUCUUUCCCACUACGUCGGAAACUUUUGAUGCGCGUGGAGCCAAACCAGCAAUCCACCUAGGGCUCCAACUCUUUUCUCUGAGAAAUUUUCCCGGGAAAAUUCUCUUCCCCCGGGUGGGUGGAGAGGAUGGACGGGAAACUGGAGGUGUCGCUCGAUAAGCUGCCCGUCAAGCGCUUGGAAUUCAUCGAGGAGAGCGGCGUCGAACGAUUCCCCGCCGAUGUCAGCUAUGAUGAAAAGAGGCUCUCCCUGAUUCGACGGAUCGAUUUUGCGUGGGCCUUGGAGAAGGAUGACAGUAAGAAGCAGAAGAAGAGUGCAAAGGAGAGCUCAACGCCGUGGCAAUGGCAGGGCAUGGUCGAGAAUUUGCAGCUGGCUCAGCAAGAGCUGUCUGUCAUCCUUGAUCUCAUCAACACUGUAGAAGCAAAUGAUGCUGUCACGGUUGCUAGCAUCACCAGGCCAAAGCCAUUGUCAAAUGAAGUUUUGUCUGACCUAGCUGUAUCUGCAGCAACAAAGCUACAAUGCUUCCGGCAUCUUGGUAAAUAUUUCAAGCAGUCUGCCAAAGCUUUGGAGCAACAAGUUGCUAAAGAGGCUAGGUUCUACGGGGCUCUCAUCAGAUUGCAGCAAAACUGGAAAGUUAAAAGGCAGCGCGUGGCAGCUUCUACUCCUGGUGCUGAAAGCUUCACCAUCGAUUUGUUUGACAAUUCAGUUACUGAUCCAACGACUGUUAUCCGCCCAUCCUCUCUCUCUCCUUUAUGUGUUGAUCAUGACUCGGCCGGUAUGUUGGCCAUAAAUGUACCUCCAAAAUCCUGUCACACUCUGUGUUUUGAUUUUAUUGGUGCCCAUUCGAGUAAAAGCUCAUGGGAUUCCAGUGAAGCCCAAACUGCGCAUCUUGAAAGGGAAGGUGAUGGUGAUCCAGUGGAUGAUGAUGAAAGUGUUAAGAAAACUCACUCCACUCUUCGUAAGUUUCACCGGGCAAUAUUUGACGAACAGGUGUUUGAUUUAGUCAAUCGUGAAGCAUUCAAUCCAUCUUUGGGAGUCAACGUGACAGGAAUAGAAGAAAAUUAUUUACAGCUCAGCUUAGGUCAGGGAACAUCGGUCUGCAUAUCACUUGUACCAGCCAUAGAAGAUCAAUCUGUUGAAACUGGAGGGACGCAGAAGAUAAAAACAGCACCUUUAUCCUUGGAUUCUCUCGAGGGAAUUAGGUCAGCUGAAAAAGUUGGCGGCCUUGUAAAAAAGAAGAUUCCUAAUCGUGCCAGUUAUGAGAUUUAUCUUCAACAGAUUUUCCAUGAGCAUGUCUUCGUGAGAUCAAAGGAUAAGCCAAUUUUUGCUGUUCCUAGAGUGUCUGGUCAAUCAGUGAAAGAUGGUUCAGGUCUUCUUGGUCAUUUCUGCAUGUCUCUGGCCCACAGGAUUUUCUCUAACAUGGUUCUGAUGGAGCUGGAGAAUGUGGUUUGUCGGGUUCCAUAUCUUCACUUGAUGUCUCAACCUUCUUGGCAUUCUCGGACAUCUUCAUGGACGCUUUAUAUGAAGGUUCCUGAGUCAAUUCUUCAUGCAGGCUGCCAAAAGGAUGUUAAUCAGCCAAAACACAUUAAAACUCAGUUUAGGACCAAAAUAGUGGUGACUGAUGAUUGCAUAAAAGUAGAAGGGGAAGGUUCUCCCAAUGUCGUUGGGCUGUUCAAAGGGACUGCCGAGGACAUUUCUUCUAUAAACAGAUAUGAUUGUGACUUAGCAGAUCUUCCAGUGAUUAUUUUGCAGCAGGUUGCGAGCCAAGUUAUCCGAUGGCUUCACGAGGAGGCUCUUAUGGUAGGAAUAAAGGCAACAAGAGACUUUUUGUGCUUAUCUUUUGAGCUGGAACAGGGGGAGAUGCUCAGUCUUUUCGCUCAAGUGGACCCGGAAGAUACCUAUGGAUGUAUAUUCUGGUGGUUGGUCGUGGAUGAUGGUUUCUCAGAUGAGCGGAAACUUCAGAUGGACUACUCUGAUAAUGCAAAUGAAAUUAGGAAGUUCUUGGGUCAUUUAUCGCUGGACGUGUUGUAUUCUACCCUCAUGGACUUGGUCACCUUGUGCAAUGGUGGUACAAACCAUUGACCGUCUAUGUCCAUCGGCUAACUUAGGUUCCUGCAUAAUGGAUAAAGCAGCUGGCGGCUCUUUCGCUUGUUGUGCGAAGAAAUCACGGGGCUGGUCAAAUGUUUGUCCUGUUCAACAAAUGUGACAGAUUUGGGGUCGGGGAUAAGAUUGCUGUUAAACAAGAGAAGUUCCAUGCCGCACCAGCCUUCUGAAACAACUUGCAUAGGACAAGGAUGGGAAUCCAUGGAUUUCCUAUGAAGACCAUGAUUCUUUGGCUCAAUAACGGGAUAUGAGGUUCUUUGCUGAUUUACGCAUGAAUUCGAUAUGAGAAAUAGGGAGUAGUUCUUGCUUUUGCCCUCUUUUGGGAAACUUUACUGUGUAAGCUAUCGUGUAUCCGGAACUGGCUUUUGCUGUAGAUGUGGAUGAUUUGAGGAAGUUGAUGAGUUUUAUCGCCCGGUUACGCCAUCACCGUCAGACAUUGAAGCGCAUGAAUUGACAGAUUACGAUAUUUCGUUUCCUCGUA